GGAUCAACAGCCAACGACAAGCAACGAGCAUGGCUGGGCUGACACGAUGAUGGAGGCCAAGGACAGCCGACAACACCAACACCAGCCAUGAACCACCUCGGUAGCGGCAAGAACCCCUGCACCCUCCAGCAGGCCAUUUCGUUGCUCGGUCCAAGUAGUGGAAAGGGAAUCCGCAAAGAAGUCCAUCAAGGCACAGAGACGACCUACACGACGACAACUCGUUCCGUGGAUCUGCUAGCUGUGGUAGUCCGUCUCUCCACUCGGACCAGUCGGUCUCCUGUGGGAGAAGUCUGGGUUGUCGACGAGACUCUGGGGAAACGAAAUCAUGCCUUGGUGUCGUUCUACGGGAACAAUGCUGUCCUUGCCAUUCAAGAGAAAAAGUUGCGGGUGGGAUCGAUGGUCCGCUUUAAUGGAGUCAAGCUUCGACGAAUGAUGGAACAAACAGCAUCCUCCAACUCCAGCAGGACCUAUGAAUUCCUUCAUUCCUGGGAAUAUCCUCCCAUUGGCGGAGUGGAAUGGUGGGAACUUGGGAGAGUCACAUCGAAAUCAAAUGGCAUUCUGUCACGACAAGGAAGUAGCAGAAUCCCUCAAGGCAUGGAGACUAGCACAAAUCAAAUACAGCAACUGUUGCGCUGGUACCGUCAGUCAAAGUUCUUUCGAGAGAACCACCAUUCAGAUCAUCAACAACUUUCUCCCUUGCCAUGUCAGAGACGAUCUCUCGAGGAAAUGCAAUCAUCUCUGGGGAUUGUGAGUCAUGUCAUGGUCCGAAAAAUUGUCCGCGUGGAAACUCUCCUGGACACGUCUAGUCCCAACAAGAAGCGACGCCUUUCGUCGCCGCCACCGACCAAGAUCACGGUUGCAACGGUCUCGGAUGGAUGCCACACUGUCAUGCCAUUGCUUCUUCUCCGCAGUCAUUACGGCUUGCAGGCCAAACUCCAAAAGGCACUGGAAAGAGGCAAUCCCGUUCUACUCCAUAGUGUCGUGUGUCGCAAAGGCCGAGAUGUGCUGAGUGACGAGCAGCAGAAAGCCUUGGAAGACGUCAAGGUGCUGGUGCCAACGUCCAAAACAGACCUUGUUCUCUUGUCCCAAAAGGCAUUCCCGAGAACAGAGCCACAAAUGACACAGACACAGCACCAACAACACGCUUCUACUACUCAAACCCAAGAUGUUUCGGUACCCACACAACAACCAGAACUGAGUGUCAAGGAACGACAACAAACGAAAUCGAUCACUGUUGUGGAAGGUCACAUCGAGGCGAUUGAAUUUCCCGACAUGGGUAUGGAGCUUCCCAACGACAACAAUAAAUCAAGCCUACCAAGUCCCAUGAAACUCUUGUCGCUUUUGACGCACUUUCAGAAUGGACAGGAUUAUCGGGAGGCCAUUGUCCGAAUUGUUGUGGUCCAGACACAUCAUACUCGUGUAUUACGAAUCCAUGCCGAUGCCAAGGGGAUGCGCAAUCUUGCAGGUGGACUCAAAGCCAAGGAGUUGAAAGAAAGGCCCCAGCUACUGUCCCAUGUCCGCGAUUGGCUGGAAGGUCUACUGGAAGACAAAACUUGUCUGCGGUGGAGACUGGUGGAGGAAGAUUCUUCUUCCUGGGACUAUCGACUACAAAAAGUCACACUCAUUGAAUUAUAAGGGGCAUUGACUUGUUAUUAUGUUUCUUUGAGGCGGUUGGGAUUUUUUUCUGUAGCUUUUGGCAGCUUCGGAACACGCCAAAUUUUCUAGGGCUCGAGUUUGCUGUGUACCAAAAUUCAAAUAGACAUUGAAUGCUCCUGAUUUUUGCCUUGUCGCCAUCUCUUGCUGUCAAGGAAAACUCCAUUGUUUGUCGCUUGCUGUCUUUUUCUUGCUAAAGCAGUCUAGUUUUGGCUAUUGCUGCUAAUUGUCAACAUUCGUGUGCUUCUUGCGUAGUAAUAUUCAAAAUUUG